CGUUACGAUUAGUCUAGAGGAGAGGAUCAAAGGAAAAAUAGAGGGGCGUGGUGUUUUGUAAAUCGGUGGGGAACUCGAUAUAAGUAUAUACGAUUAACAUUUUUAGAACGGUGUAUUCUUGCAGAAGCGAAAAUGACAGCUAACAGAAAGGAAGGUAGUAGCGACGGUGUAACGAAGGUGUCGCCAGGUAAACUGGGGGUCAGACAUUUACAAGUCCUUCUACUUUUCUUCGCCAUGGUCAUUGGAUAUUUUCUUAGAGUGGGAAUAUCAGUGGCUGUUGUGGCAAUGUCGAACUCUACUACAGCGAACCCAGAGAUCGAAGAUUAUGGAUGGACUUCGUCGCAAAGGUCAUCGAUCCUUAGUUCGUUUUUCUGGGGUUACACGAUAAUACAGAUACCAUCGGGUUAUUUCAUCAGUAUUUGGAGCACUCAAAAGGUCCUCUGUUUGGGGAUGUUCAUUUGCGGUGUAUUUAGUUUAUUGACGCACGUUGCUGCUCAUUAUGGUGGCAUCAUAGCUGUAUACGUUUGCAGGGUAGGCAUGGGUCUCUCUCAAGGUUGCCUCUUACCUUCCAUACACAGCCUUCUCUCCAAAUGGGUGCCGCCCUCAGAGAGGGCAAGACUUGGUACCUUCACAUACGCAGGAGCUCAGUUUGGUACAGUCCUCGCUCUUCCGUUUAGUGGUCUACUCGCAGCAUCAUCAAUAGGAUGGCCUAGCAUUUUUUAUAUUUUUGGUGCUUUUGCUGUCUGUUGGAGUAUAAUUUUCCUCUUCCUCGGUUCUGAUACACCGUCUACUCACUCAACCAUUUCCAUUGAAGAAAAGAUGUAUAUUAAGAGCAGCCUUGAAAGUACUCAUACUGAUAACAAAGAGAAAUUACGAACACCAUGGAAAGAGAUUUUUACAUCGACACCAAUGUGGGCAUUGAUAAUCGCUCAUUGUGGUCAAAAUUGGGGAUAUUGGACUCUUCUCACAGAAAUGCCAACUUAUUUGAAUUCCGUUUUAGGUUUUGAUAUCGAAAAGAACGGAGGUAUCUCAGCAUUACCUUAUUUGGCGAUGUGGAUAUUAAGCUUCCCUAUAAGCUGGCUUUCGGAUUAUGCUCUUAAAAAGAAUGUCUCUAGAUCGAUAACGAGAAAGUUAGCUAACACUCUUGCCUAUUGGGGCCCUGCCGCAGCUCUGAUUGUUUUGGGUUUUGUUCCGAUUAAUAAUCCACUCUGGACUGUUAUAAUUCUUAUUGUAGCAGUUGGGCUCAACGCUGGAUCGCUUUGUGGAUAUCAGUUAAAUCAUAUCGAUCUUAGUCCGAAUCAUGCCGGUACUAUGAUGUCUAUCACUAAUUGUUUGGCCUCUGUUACCGCGAUAAUUGCACCAAUAAUCUGUGGAGAAAUUAUUACCGACCUGAGCAGUACACAUCUAUGGUCAAUAGUAUUUUAUAUUUCCGCUGGCGUUUAUUUUGUGAGUAAUUUGAUAUUUCUCAUCUGGGGUAAAGCCGAAAUACAAUGGUGGAACGAUCUUAAAAGUGAUAAACAGAACAAUAUAAUACACAGGGCGAUUUAGUGUGCCAUAUUGAUUCCAACAAGAAUAAUGGUGUUGCAAUUAUAUCUUUUUAUGCGAAUUAGCAUUUUGUAAAAUAAAUAUACUCAUAAGCAUUUAA